AUGCCGGGUGGCCCCAGCAGCAGGUCGCCGGCGGCCCCGACAACAUACCUCUCCACCCUGUGUGCAAUCUCCGGCACGAAGGCCGCCCCUGAGACAGGCCACCACACAGUUCCGGAUGCGCUGCGGGACGAAGCCCUGGCCCAUUUUUUUGAGGGCCCGUGCAAGUGCACACCCACCACUGGGGGUGUGAACAAUGUCGUGCAGUAUGUUGAGACAGCCAACGGAGAGCGCUACAUCUUGCGCGUCUACAACAACGGCGGAAAGAGCGAGAAGGUGGCCUUUGAGCACGAGCUGCUGCUGCAGCUGGGGCAGCAGGACCUCAGCUUCCAGGUCCCCAGGGCCCUGCCCACGCUGAGGGACGGCGCCCGCCACGUAAAGCUCAGCAGCGGCGAUGACGCGUGUGUGUUUGAGAUCAUCCCCGGGACCCUGGCCAAGACCACCAGUCCGCGCGAGGUCGGGCGCGCCACUGGGGAGCUCUGCACUGCCAUGGGCCGCAUCGACCUGGGCGGCCGCGAGGCGGAGGCCCCCGUGCCCCCCUACUACGACGCGAACCCCAACCCCUCCCUGACACCCCUGGCGACAGUGUUCCAUGUGCACCACUCCAUCAACCGCGAGAUAUUCUACCAACAGGUCGCGGAGAACCCUGGCUUCAGCGUGUGCCGCGCCGACAUUGACUACCUGACAGCCGAGAUCACGGCCAUGGAGCCCAAGCUGGAGGCCUACCAGCAGCUGGGCCUGCCCAUGCAGCUCAUCCACGGAGACCUGCACGUGCGGGGCCUGGGGGUCCAGGGGUGGCUGCUGGGGGGCGGGGCCAAGGGAAGGGCAGUGUAG